AUGCCGGGCGAAGUGCCUAGGAGAGGACUUCCAACACGGAGCCAGGUGGAGGGCGGGGAAAGAGUGGGCACGGGUGAGGGGGCGCUGCAGGUGGAGGUGAAGCUUGCCAAGGGCACAGCAGGUCUGAAGGCUGUGGCACGGGGCUUCCACGAGUCCUUGAAGCUGAUAGGCGCGUCCCUUCAGUGUCAAAGGUUUCACACCGCUGGGAGUCACUCCAAGGGUCGGACCGGUGCUGAGCACCUGUGGCUGACACGGCAUUUGAAGGACCCAUUUGUGAAGGCCGCGAAGGUGGAGAGUUACCGGUGCCGAAGUGCCUUCAAGCUCCUGGAGGUGGAUGAGAGGCACCGGAUCCUGCGGCCUGGCCUCCGGGUGCUAGACUGUGGGGCGGCCCCCGGGUCAUGGAGCCAGGUGGCUGUGCAGAGGGUCAAUGCUGCGGGCACAGAUCUCGGUGCUCCUGUUGGCUUUGUGCUCGGGGUAGAUCUUCUUCACAUAUUCCCCCUGGAGGGAGCAACUUUUCUGUGCCCGGCUGAUGUGACUGACCCGAGAAUCCUCCAGAGAAUCCGAGAACUGCUUCCUGGAGGGAGAGCAGAUGUGAUUCUGAGUGACAUGGCACCCAGCGCCACAGGGAUCCGGAGCCUGGAUCAUGACAGGCUCCUUGGCUUGUGCUCCUCCCUUCUGGACCUGGCUCCAGAUGUCCUGCACCCUGGCGGAACAUUCCUCUGCAAAACGUGGGCUGGAAGUCAAAGCCUGGCGUUCCAGAAGCGGCUGACAGAGCAGUUCCAGAGCGCCAGGACGGUGAAACCCAGAGCCAGCAGGAAGGAGUCGUCAGAGGUGUACCUCUUGGCCACACAGUACCGAAGAGGAAAGGAGUUUGCGGAGGACUGA